CAUUCAUGGCACUCAUGGCGUUAGUAAGGGGGGUAUUGGUAAGCAAAAGUUUUCGUUUAAUAUUUAACAGAGUACAGAAACGUGGGGUUACAUCCUGCAUUGAUGCCUCUGCAGGCCUCACCGACGAGCAAAAGGAGUUCCAGAAAGUGGCUUUUGACUUCGCUGCCAACGAAAUGGCUCCGCAUAGGGCAGAGUGGGAUGAGAAGGAAAUCUUCCCUGUAGAGACCAUGCGAAGAGCAGCUCAGCUGGGAUUCGGAGGGAUUUACGUGCAGCCCGAUGUGGGAGGCUCUGGCUUGUCUCGCCUCGACACGUCGAUCAUCUUCGAGGCCCUGUCCACAGGCUGCACCAGCACCACGGCCUACAUGAGCAUCCACAACAUGUGCGCCUGGAUGAUCGACACAUUUGGCAGUGCUGAGCAGAGGCACAAGUUCUGCCCUGAGCUCUGCACCAUGGACAAGUUUGCCUCCUAUUGUCUGACUGAGCCUGGCAGCGGAAGCGAUGCAGCUUCCUUGCUGACCAGUGCGAAACUCAUGGGUGACCACUACAUCCUCAAUGGCUCCAAGGCCUUCAUCAGCGGUGGUGGUGACACAGAUGUGUACGUGGUCAUGUGCCGCACCGGUGGGAAGGGUGCCAAGGGCAUCUCCUGCCUGGUGGUUGAAAAGGGAACACCAGGACUCGGUUUCGGAAAGAAGGAAAAGAAGGUGGGCUGGAAUUCUCAGCCGACCCGUGCUGUCAUUUUCGAAGACUGUGCAGUGCCGGUGGCCAAUCGGCUGGGCCACGAGGGUCAGGGCUUCAGCAUCGCCAUGAAGGGCCUCAACGGUGGCCGAAUCAACAUUGCCUCCUGCUCUCUGGGCGCAGCCCAUGCUUGUGUCGAGCUUGCCCGAGACCACUUGACAGUGCGCAAGCAAUUUGGAGAGACCCUGUCCAGUAACCAGUUCCUUCAGUUCCGGCUUGCAGAGAUGGCAACGCGACUGGUGGCUUCGCGGCUGCUUGUCCGGCAGGCUGCCGUAGCACUGCAGGAGGACCGCGAUGAUGCCGUUUCGCUGUGCUCCAUGGCGAAACUCUUUGCUACAGACGAGUGCUUCACGAUCUGUAACCAGGCCCUCCAAAUGUUUGGCGGCUAUGGGUAUCUCAAAGACUACCCAGUCCAGCAGUUUGUCCGCGAUAUUCGAGUACACCAGAUCCUGGAAGGCACCAAUGAAGUGAUGCGUAUGAUCAUUUCCAGAAAUCUGUUGAUGGAUUCAUAAGCUACAUCAGUGGACAUAAUGUCAAUGGCUGCUUUUAAACAGAACUUGACCUUCUUGUGUGUGAUUGAAUCUAUGUCACUUGUUUCUGUGGGAAAUUUUAUAUGUCAGUUUCACUUGUUCAAGUUUCUUGAACUUUAUUAUGGAGAGAUUCAGAAAUUGUCAAGUGUCUCGGUAUCUUUACACACCAUUGUGCAGUUAAAUCAUGAAAUGUGAACAUUCUUGUUACAACUUUGUCAGCUGCUCAGUCCACAGCACAUGGAGGCCUAUAAGCAGUGCCAUGUACUGGGGAAAUGUCAUUUGCACAUCCUCACUUAGGCAUCUAGGAAUUAAAUUUCCACCCUUUCCUUAAUGUUUGCCUUUUUGCUUUUGUGUGUAUGAGUGUUACGGAACCUUUACUGUAUUCAUUUUGUACCAAAAGGUGCUGUUGUCUGUUGCUGUAGUUUAGAAAUGCAGAAAGGAUCCUCUAUGAUGACACUGGUCAUUUCUGGUAGUAAAAUUAAACCUUAGCAUGUACGGUGACUAGACAGUAUUUACAAUUAGAAAGGUAUAGACUGGCCAUAUGAAUGGUAUAGAGCUGUAGGUAGCAUAGGGGUUAGUGCCACCAUCUUCUACUUGCAGGAGCAGGGCUUCAAACCCAGGUCUUUCAACUUCCAAUGAGUGCUACCUAGUAUUGUCAGCACAUACACCUUGUUCACCAAGGUAACUUAAACUGCUAGAUACACCACUACUUACAUUGGGUCACUCA